UGGAGUUUGUUCAGAUCGUCAUCAUCAUCGUGGUGAUGACAGUGAUGGUGGUGGUGAUCAUCUGCCUGCUAAACCACUACAAGCUCUCCACCUGGUCCUUCAUAACAAGGCAGAGCCAGGCCCGCAGGCACGACCAUGCCCUACAGCAGGAUGGGUGUCUGUGGCCUUCAGACAGUGGUUCUCGACAAGGUGCCUCAGAGGUAUUAUACGCUCCGCAGGCCAGGGAUCGCUUCACUGCUCCCUCCUUCAUGCAGCGCGACCGCUUCAGCCGCUUCCAGCCCACCUACCCCUACCUGCAGCACCAGAUCGACCUGCCGCCCACCAUCUCGCUGUCAGACGGCGAGGAGCCCCCGCCGUACCAGGGACCCUGCACCCUGCAACUCCGUGACCCCGAGCAGCAGAUGGAGCUCAACCGUGAGUCGGUGAGGGCACCGCCCAACCGGACCAUCUACGACAGUGACUUGAUCGACAUGGGAGGAGGCGGUGGCCUGGGAGGGGUGGGGGGAGGAGGGGGAGGCGUUGGGGGAGGUGGGCCAAGGCCACCUAGCAGUAACUCGGGCAUCAGUGCGGCCAACUCCAGCAGCCAUGGGCGCAUGGAGGGUCCCCCACCGGCAUACAGCGAGGUGAUGGGCCACUACCCCGGCUCAGCGUUCUUUCUACACCAGCACAGCAAUAACCAGAGGGUAGGGAGGCCGGGGGGGCCGGGGAGCAGGACGAUCCAGCAGCAGAGCCAAUCAGAAAGCACAAUAGUACCUGCCAAGGCCAAGGACGGCCAACCAGAGGACCUGGUGUGAAGAACAGGGGAGGGGCGGGUGGCGCCCACCUACCCAGACUGAAAACUGUCUCUCUUGUUCACCCUGAUCACCUGUAAGCAGUGGUCUCUCUGUCUCUCAUGUCCUCUCUCCACACUCCCAUGCACAAAUAAAUAUCAACCUUAGCGACAACGAAACAAGAAGAGAGAAACCAAGAGUUGAUUUCAUUUCAGUUUCUUUCUGACGUUAAUAAUUCAAACUGCUGGGGCAGGAUGUAUGCACUGCGUGGAGACUUUUUGUUCCUUCAUUUUGAGAAAGAAACACACUGCUAGCACAGAUUGAAACAAUUCUCUCAUUUCUGCCCCCUCGGGUGACAGCUCGGUCCCCGGGAAAAGAGGAGGAUGUUUUUCCAUUUUUGUUUUAUUUUUCGGACCGGGAUCUGUGCACAAAGCAAGAACUGAGAAUCAAGGACUUACAGAGAACACAACAAAGCAAGAGACUCACAAACCCAAAUCUUAGUGCCAAGGUUCACGAGGAAGCAAAAUAAAGGGGGAAAAAAAAGACUUGUUCUAACAUUCAAAACACAAAAAAGAAAAGUUAUCUAAAAGUUGCACUAUCUUUUUGUUGUAAAAGAGAAGAGGGAAAUGAUGUUAUGUGAUGAUGAUAAUGAUGAUGUUGUUUUUUUUUCUUUUCUUUUUUUAAAAAUUUCCUUUUGUUUUGUUUAGUUUUUUUUUUGUUUGUUUGGGGUUUUUUUUUUGUUUUGUCCUUUUCAUGAAUGGACUGAUUGACUGAACUUUGGCUCCAAAGUUGUUUAAACAGUUGGGAGCAAAAAAACAAAACAAGUAUUAUAAGCUUAUGUCCUUUUUUGAAAAACGCAAGAAAUACUCGUACCCAGCCUACAACAUCUCUGUCUGCUUACACCACAGGCACAGUGAGACUUAGUAAGAGAAUAACCUUGUACUGCUUCACGUCUGUGUUCACUUUAGCCUUGUGGGGGGAAGAAAUCUGCCUUGUGACCAGCCACUGGGUGGAUCAAAAAUGUCUUACUUCCUCUCGUAUUUUAUUACAAAGAUUUCGAGGUGGAUUUCCCCAAACCAGAGCAGUUCCUAAACUCUGCUUGGCAAGAUCUAGCGUGAUUCAAAAUUAGUUUUGUGGGAAAUCUGGCCUAGAUGGUUGGAUAUCAAGUAAACAAAUUAAAACAAAUCUCCACAGUCAAAAACAAACAAGAGAACAUAUCGAAGUGUCCACCAAGCAGCCUGGUCAAAGCAGAUUCUUCUCUUUUCAAAUCUGUCCCGACAUCUAAGCACCUGACACUUCCUCUUUCCUGUUUCCUUCAUCCAACCCCUCUCCACCCCUCCACCCCACCCCCCAUCACUGCUCAUCUCGACAUGCACAGUGCAUUCUGCCAACAGCCACACUGAACUCGAUCACCUGCCGCCAUGACAACGAAAACACAAAGCAAAACAAAACAAACAAACAAAAAAAAAAAAACGACAAAAAAUGAAGGCUCAGCUCUCGGUCUUCACGUCUCUAAAGCCACAAAAAAAAAAAAAAAAAA